AUGCUGCUGCUGACUUCUAGAUUGCGGUUGCAAUUGUUUCGGUUCGUAAUUGCAUUAGUUUUAGUCUUAAGCUAUGUGGAAAAUGGGAGUGUGGGUUUAACAAGCACUUUUGUUCGCGAGCAAUGGUCAGCGGCUGAUAUUCCUCUUGGCGAUGAAGUAUUUGCAAUUCCAAAAGGUUAUAAUGCUCCACAGCAAGUGCACAUCACUCAAGGCGAUUAUGAUGGGAAGGCUGUAAUAAUCUCUUGGGUUACACCUGAUGAACCGGGUUCUAAUACUGUAAAAUAUGGCACAUCGGAUAAGAGAUAUGAUUUUAGUGCUGAGGGCGUUGUUACUAACUACACCUUUUACAAAUACAAGUCUGGCUACAUUCAUCACUGUCUUGUUGAUGGGCUUGAGUAUGACGCCAAGUAUUACUACAAGAUCGGAGAAGGUGACUCUUCUCGUCAGUUUUGGUUUCGAACACCCCCAGAGAUUGAUCCGGAUGCUUCCUACACAUUUGGAAUUAUUGGUGAUUUGGGUCAAACAUAUAAUUCCCUUUCCACUCUCGAGCAUUACAUGCAGAGUGGGGGACAGACUCUUUUAUUUGCUGGUGAUCUCUCUUAUGCUGAUAAAUAUCAAUACAAUGAUGUUGGAAUUAGAUGGGAUUCAUGGGGCCGUUUUGUUGAGCGAAGUGCUGCGUAUCAACCAUGGAUUUGGUCAGCUGGGAACCAUGAGAUUGAGUACAUGCCAGACAUGGAGGAGGUCCUUCCAUUUAAAUCAUUUCUGCAUAGAUUUGCUACUCCUCAUACAGCCUCAAAGAGCACCAAUCCUCUUUGGUAUGCUGUACGCCGUGCAUCUGCUCACAUCAUUGUCCUCUCCAGCUAUUCUCCAUUUGUGAAAUAUACUCCUCAAUGGAGGUGGCUUAGAGAAGAAUUGACAAGAGUCAACAGGGAGAAAACACCUUGGCUCAUUGUUAUCAUGCAUGUGCCCAUCUACAACAGUAAUGCAGCCCACUAUAUGGAAGGUGAAAGCAUGCGAGCUGUCUACGAAAGCUGGUUUGUCAAAGCCAAAGUCGACUUCAUUUUUGCGGGUCAUGUUCAUGCCUAUGAACGAUCAUAUCGUAUCUCAAAUAUACAUUAUAACGUGUCAUCUGGUGACCGUUAUCCUGUUCCUGACAAAUCAGCACCAGUGUACCUAACUGUUGGAGAUGGGGGAAAUCAGGCAGGUCUUUCUGGGAGGUUCUUGGACCCACAACCAGAAUACUCUGCAUUCAGAGAAGCUAGUUAUGGUCAUUCUACCUUGGAGAUCAGGAACAGAACACAUGCAUUCUACCAUUGGAACAGAAAUGAUGAUGGAAAGCCUGUAAGAACCGAUUCUGUAAUUUUCCACAACCAAUACUGUGUUAAUGAUUUUGAUAUUUCUCAAGCAUUAGAUAAGUAUUAUAGUUGCAUUGGGAAGUCGGCAUUGUGGCAAGCAAUCUGCACAGAAGGUGACAUGUCAAGGCCAGGGGACAUGUUAGUUACUGAAGACGAUGGAUAG